AUGACACUGUGGCGAUGGAUACUACCUUUUUGUAUGAUCCUCGUGGUCGUGGAAUCACGUCUACUGGAGGGAUUGUACUGUGGCAGGGAAAAUUGCUAUGAUGUCCUGAAUCUCACGAGAGAUGCCACAAAACAGGAGAUAUCCAGGAACUACCGAAGACUGGCAAAAGACAAUCAUCCGGACUUGCAUCGGACAGAGAAGGCAAAAGAAGAAGCAACGGAGAAAUUCAAAGCAAUUGCCACAGCUUAUGAAAUUCUCAGGGAUGAAGGAUCCAGGGCAGAUUAUGACUAUAUGCUGGACAAUCCUCAGGAAUACUAUGCUCACUACUAUCGCUACUAUCGUCGUAGAGUAGCCCCGAAAGUGGAUGUGAGACUAGUUGUCUUCGUCACCAUUACAGUGAUUUCCCUGAUUCAGUAUUUCAGCUGGGUCCAGCGCUAUGAAUCUGCCAUCAAGUACUUCAUGACUGUGCCAAAGUAUCGCAAUAGAGCUCUGGAGAUUGCUCAACAGCAGGAAAGUAGUCGAUCAAAUGUAAAGAAGACUGGAAAGCAGCGAUUGUCCAAGACAGAACAAAAGGAAGAAACAGAUAAGUUGAUCCGGAAGAUAAUUGAGGAGAAUAUGGACAUUCAGGGUGCCUAUGCUAAACCCAGUGUCUGGGAUGUUCUCUGGAUUCAACUAAUUAUUUCUCCAUACACCAUAACCAAGUGGCUAGCUUGGAAUAUCCGCUGGUUCUGGAAGUUCAUUCUGCUGCGUCAGCCAUAUGGGGAUGAGGAGAAAUACUUCAUCAUUCGAAAAUACAUGAAGAUUGGACAGCACAAAUUCAAUGCCAUUGACGAGGAAACCAAAAAAGAAUACCUCGAUUUGGAAUUGUGGAAGAAGGAAAAUUUCAACCAAUGGAAGAUUGAGCAGGAAGAAGCAAUGAAGAAGGAAUUGGCACAGAAGCCCUCCUACAGAUCCAUCCGGCGUUACAUGAAGUCACACGGGCCCGGAAGAAUAACAUUCGAAGACUAGUUUUUUUUUUAAAUCUCCGCCCCAUUUUUUAUAUUUUGCACCUGUUUCCUUUAUUUAUAAAUGAACUCAUGGGUACUUUUGCUGAUGAUAAUAAAUUGUUUAUCGUUCGGAAAACGA